AUGUCAGCCAAGGAGACAGAGUGCGGGCAGGGCCACCCACGGGGAGCCUUGCAUGGCACUGUAAAAAGGUUGGUGACAUUGUUUUACAAGACCCUAUGGUACAUCAUUAUGUAUCACCUAGUUCCAACAUGUUACUCAAAUGGACAGAGCUGUUCUCUGGAUUCUCCAGAUCUGCUAGGGAUUGUUAGCAAUGGCGAUAUCAACAUUGGGGCUGUCUUACCCCUUCAUGUGAAUAAAGAGUACCCUCAAAUCCUGUACACUGAAAGACCGGGACCAAUUCUCUGUAGAGUAUUCCCACUGGAGCAUUAUCUGCAGAUACAAGUAGUCAGACAUGCUGCAGAAGAAAUCAACAGUAAUCCCAAUAUACUGCCCAAUAUCUCCCUGGGAUUCAAGAUUUAUGAUUCCUGUGUUGUGUUACAAAGGGAGUUAGAAGGUACUUUCUGGAUGCUCACAGGUCAAGAAAAAGCCUUGGCUAACUUUCAGUGCCAAGGCAUUAACCGCUUGGCAGCUUUUAUUGGCUACUCCACCUCAACAAACUCAAUGCUCAUGGCUCAUAUCUUAGGCCUCAGCAGGUAUCCACAAAUGUCCAAGGCCAUAACUUGUAUUUGGCCAGUGAUCGUGGCUUGGAGAGUUGUGGCUAGUUCUGCCAUCAUGGCCCUCAUGGUGGCUGUGGUAAUGUGCCCAUCGUCCUGUGAUGGGGUUGGGGAGUUUGGAGGAGAGAAAGAGUUAUCCCACAAUCGUGGAGCGCCGCCAUCUUGGGACUUUUCAAGGCCCUCUCUGAUCCUCACGGCCGCUGCUUUCACCAAAAAGAAAGAGACUCUGUUGGCUUUUGCUGGAGCAGGUUAUGGAGAUCCAUCCAUAAGGAACACACAAGUUACACUUCAGCUGGGUCCACAGGUCAGCUACUUUGCAACCAGUUCCCUCCUUAGUGACAGAACACAGUUCCCAUCUUUCUUCCGCACUGUCCCAAGUGAUGCUUUCCAGUCAAUGGGAUUGGCACAGAUGGUCUUACAUUUUGGGUGGAUGUGGAUAGGGCUAGUGGCUAUGGACAAUGAAUAUGGUCAACAAGGAAUACAGGUAAUCAGAAAAGAACUAAUUAAAUCUGGAGUAUGUGUGGAGUUUACAGAAUACAUCCAAAAGACUUGGCCUAAUAACAAUAUUCCACAUAUUGCCCAGGUCAUAAAGCGGUCAACAUCCAAUGUUGUAGUUGUCUUUUCAACUGAUAUAAGCUUCAUUCCUCUUCUUGAUGAGAUAUUGAAACACAAUGUAUCCCAGAAGAUAUGGGUGGCUAGCGAAGCCUGGGCAAAAUCAGCAUUCCUAUCUACAAGCACAUAUUCCAGCCUUCUUGCAGGAACCCUAGGAUUUGCCUUCUAUAGCGGCGAUAUCCCUGGAUUUCAUGAAUUUAUCAAACAAGUCAGUCUCACUGAACCACCAAGAGAGGCAUGGUAUACAAUGUUCUUGGAGGAACAAAUUGGUUGCCUAUUAACAGAUCUUCAGAACUUUGCAUUUCCCAGGAAGAAGCAAUCACGGAACUGCACAGCAACAGAUGAAAUUGAAAACUUCCAGGUCUUACUGAAUAAUGUGUCUAAUACAGCAAUAUUAUCCAAUUUAUACAGUGCUGUGCAUGUAAUAGCUCAAGCUUUGCAUGACAUGAGCUCUUCCAAAAUUGGAAAAGGGUUUUUCAUUAAUGGAAACUGUCCUGAUAACUGGAGGUUUCAACCAUGGCAGUUGCUGCACUACAUGAAGAGGAUUAAUUUCAGCCUAAGCAGUGGAAGGGAUAUGUUCUUUGAUUCCAAUGGGAACCCUCCUCCGGCAUAUGAUAUUGUAAAUUGGCAAAUGGGUCCAGAAAGCACAAUGAAACAUAUCAAGAUUCCGCCCUCAGUUUGCAGUAAGAGUUGUCAACCAGGGUUUAGAAAGGCAUCAAUCAGAGGAAAACCUAUCUGUUGCUUUGAAUGUAUCCCUUGUCCACCAGGAGAAAUUUCCAAUGAAACUGAUUCACUGAAAUGUUUUACGUGUCCAUGGAAUGAAUGGCCAAGUAUUCAUAAAAAUAGCUGUUUUCCAAAGUACAUUGAAUUCCUCUCAUACGAAGAGCCUUUAGGUAUUACUCUCUCAUCCACCAGUGUUACAUCUUCCAUGAUUCCUAUAGCAAUUCUAGGGUUACUGGUAUAUCACCGGACAUCUCCUGCAGUGAAAGCUAACAAUUACACUCUCAGUUGUCUUCUUCUGGUAUCGCUGUCACUUUGCUUCCUCUGUUCCCUGGCUUUCAUUGGCUAUCCACACUUGGAGAAAUGCCGUCUACGACAGGUGACUUUUGGCAUGGUCUUUGCACUCUGCGUUUCAUGUAUUCUGGCAAAAACAGUUAUGGUAGUAAUUGCUUUCAGGGCCACAAAGCCCAGCAGCAGCUUAAAGACGUGGGCCAAGCCAAAAGUGUCUUAUCUAGUUAUCGGUCUUGGUGUAUUCAUGCAGUUUUUAAUCUGUAUCUGUUGGCUGGCUUUCUCUCCUCCUUUCCAAGAACACAAUUCUAGCUACAACUCUGAAGUUCUUGUGGUUGAAUGCAAUGAAGGUUCACCCACAGCUUUUUGGGGAACUUUAGUAUAUCUUGGGUUUCUUGCCCUAAAUAGCUUUCUUGUUGCUUUCUUGGCUCGGAGACUUCCUGGCAACUUCAAUGAAGCCAAAUGCAUUACUUUCAGUAUGCUGGCUUUUCUCAUUGUAUGGGUAUCUUUUAUCCCAGCCUCACUAAGUGCCCGUGGAAAGUACACUGUAGCCAUGGAGAUUUUUGCCAUUCAGUCGUCAAGCUGGGCAAUUGUCUGUUUCAUGUUUGCUCCCAAAUGUUAUAUCAUCUUAUUACAUCCUAAUAGGAACAUCAAAAAGCAUCUAAUGAGUGACACUAAUAAAAUUAUCAUCCAGAUGUUCAUAUUGCUAAACAGUCAGCAUUCCUUGAUAGUGUGA